UAUUUAUUUUGGAUUACAAAAAAUUACAAAUUUUUCUUCAUGAAAUAAAAUGAAUAAAAUGCCCGACCGUCGUGACAUUGGACCUUUUCUACAGCGCGUGCGCGCAUUUCUUUUGGGCCGCGAACACACCACAGCUCAUCGCCACCAAUUCAAUUUGUCGCCCCGGACUCAACCACCGCCAGAUAUACCUUCAGGUACAGCCAAGUUAUGGACGAACUAUUAUUUUAUGCGCGAUGCACGUUGUCAGGUGCGUCCACCCAUCGAUUUGGUUCAGCAGAAAAAGGAUCAAGAAGCUGCCGAAGCCGCGAAGAUGAAGGCUGCCGAGGCCGCCAAAGCUAAGGGCCCCGAGGCUGGUAAAGCUAAGGGUACAGAGUCUGCGAAAACCGAAGAAAAGAAGCCGUGUGCAGACUCCAUAUCUAAUAAAGGCAAGUGUAAGUCCGGUAAGCUGCCGACGCCGGGCAAAUUGCAUUUCUGGGAUUAAGGACGGGGAUAUAAGAAUAGAGCGAUUAUAUGGUGUAUCAGGAAAAGUUUUGAAAUUUAAAGUAAAUGGAGUAAAUUUUAGUUAUUAAUAAAUUGCCAGUACAGUGCUUAAUAUUAAACAAAA